GACGACAAUUGACACAUGACAAAAAUAAAAACACUUUAUAACCCACAAAAAAAAACUGAUGCAAGUGAAAUUUUAAACACACACAUAUGUCACAAUGUCUAAAACGGCAAGUGAUCGUAAUACGAAAUUAGGCAAAAACGAUGUUUUACAAGCAAUUGUUUUUGCCGACGAUUUUACAACACAACUCUCACCACUUGAAAAUGUAUUACCAAGUAUUUUAUUACCGGUUUUAAAUACACCUCUACUUCAAUAUUUAAUAGAAACAUUAGUUGCAUCGCGUGUUCAAGAAGUUUUUCUCUAUUGUAGUAAUCACAUUGAUUUAUUAAAAAAUUACAUUAAAUCAUUAAAUCAAAGUGACAUUAUAAUAACGCCAAUAAUAUCCGAUGGUUGUCGUUCGUUAGGCGAUGCUUUAAGAGAUAUUGACAUUAAAGGAUGGGUGAGAGGUGAUUUUAUAUUAAUUCGCGGUGAUGUUUUUACAAAUGUUGAUUUAAAACGAUUAAUAACAUCGCAUCGAUGUAAAACAAAAAAAGAUCCCGGCAAUAGUAUGACAUUGUUGUUGAGUAAUUUUGGUAAUUUACAAAAUUCAUGCCUCGAGGAAGAAACAUGUUUAUUGGUAUCAAAUAAUGAGGAUAAUAAAGUUUUACUUUAUAAAAAAAUGCGUAAGGAGAAAAAAAUUCAAAUGGAAUUACAAUGGUUUUUGGAUCAUGAAAAUUUGCGAAUUAAUUCGGGACUUUUAGAUUCACAUGUUUAUUUUUGUUCACCAGCAGUGCUUCCACUUUUCUCCGAUAAUUUCGAUUUUCAGACAAUGGAGGAUUUUAUAAAAGGCGUUCUUUUGAAUGAGGAAAUUCUCAAUUCACGAAUUUAUUGGGAAUCACCGAGUCCAACUGAAUAUGCACUUCCGGUAACAUCGUGGAAAGCAUAUCAUAAAUUAACACGCGAUAUUUUACAACGACAAGCAUAUCCACUUUCACUUGAUUUAUUAAAUUUUUUCAAAAAUUAUUCCUGCCUCUCAAUUCUCAAUAGUACAUAUAAACAUCAAACGGCAACAAUAUCACGUGGUUCAUCAUUAAAAAAUAAUUCAAUAAUCGGUGAAAAUUCAAUUAUCAAUGGCAAUUGUAAUAUAAUAAGAACAAUAAUUGCUGGUAAUUGUCAAAUUGGCAAUAAAACAAAUCUUGAGAAUUGUUAUAUUUUUAAUGACACUAAAAUAGGCAAUGAAUGUAAUCUCAAAGAUUGUCUAAUAAUGCCAAAUUGUAAAUUAGACAAUAAUAUAAAUUUAAAUAAUUGCAUUGUCAUUGCAAAUGUAAAACUCACAAAAUGUGAAUAUAUCGAUAAAAUUAUUAGCGAUGAGAAUGGAGAAAUUAUUGUUGACGAUAUAUUUGAACCAAAAUUUCUUGAAGCUGGUGAAGAAUUUUUAUUUUAUUCUGAGAGAGGAAAUAAAAAUAUUGACGACGAUGAGGAAUCAAAUGAGGAUAGUAGUAGUGAGGCAAGUUAUGGUGCAUCAAUACCUGACGAUGUUAGUAUAUUUCUCUCGGAGGUAAUUGAUAGUUUAUCGCGUGGCUAUCAGGAUAAAUUGAAUUGUGAAAAUCUUAUAUUGGAAAUUAAUUCAUCGCGUUAUGCCUAUAAUAUGGCAAUAAGAGAAGUUACUUAUAAUGUGAUAAAGGCAAUAUUGGGACUUCCGGCACAUUAUUUGAAGAAUAAUGACAGUCCAUUGAGUGAUGAUGUCUAUAGGAAAACUUUAAAGGGAAUGUUAAUUUAUUUUAAGAAAAUUAUUAUCAACUAUAUGAAAACGGAAGAUUCACAGGAGGAUUGUUUGAGGGCAAUUGAAGAUGUUGCCAAUACGACAAAAGCACUAUUGCCAUUCACACAUCAUUUAUUGCAUUUUCUUUAUGAUUGUGAUACACUAUCUGAGGAGAAAAUCAUCGAAUGGUACGAAAAUGAUCUCGAUGAAAAAGAAGCUAAUGUCCAAGCACUAAAAAAAGCGGUAAUGCCUUUUAUUAAAUGGCUUCAAGAAGCAGAGGAAGAUUCAAGUAGUGAUGAAAAUUAAAAUUUUUCCUGAGAAAAAAAAAAAAAUAAGAAAAAUGAAGGGUGAAAAAAAACAACUCAAUUACUUAAAGCCCUAAUUAAAAAACCAUUGUAUUUACGUUGUAAAUUGUACAUCGAAAAUAAUACAUUUUUUUCAAUGA